AUGCACCUCCAGCUCGUGCCGCUGCCUCACGACGUCGCAAACGGCGCGCGAGAGGCGUUCGAGCGGGAGGGUGCCAGCCGCGGCGUGCGCUUCGAGCUUCUCGCCGCAGGCACGCGCCUGUCGGACGCCCUGCCGACGGCCGAGCCCUUUUUCGCCGUCGAGCUGCCGUCGGGCGAGACGCUGCUGCACAAGCUCGCCACCAACCAGCGGCGCCACCCGCUCCAGUCGCACGUCGCUCCUUUGACGCCGACGUGA